AUGAUACGACUCUGGGGAAAUUACUUCCGAAUCAUCAUUGUGCUCAUCAGUUUUCUAUGUCUCGUAUCCGUUUGCUCUAAUUAUAUCAUUAUCAAUUUCACAUUUAUCUGCAUGAAAGAUGACUUCAGUCAGACGGAAGAUGUUAAUGGGACCCUCAAAAGUAUCUAUGAUUACACUCCAACUGAAAAGAAAUAUAUUUUAUGGGCGGUCGCAUUUGGCACAAUGCUCGGAACGUUCCCUAUAAAUGUGCUCUAUGUCAGAUACGGUGCCAGAAUCCCAUUUUUCUCUGCUGGAGUUCUGUCAGCACUCACAACAGGACUGACACCUUGGGCGGCCGGACAGAAAAUGUGGAUUUUUGUGGCGUUGCGGUUUUUACAAGGUGUUGCCUACUCGGCAGACUUUGCAGCUAUUGGAAUAGUCAUUUCAAAAUGGGCGCCUCUAAACGAGACUGCUAUAUUUAUUGCAACUCUCACAUCCUUCACAUCAAUCGCUUCAAUUAUUACAAAUGGAGUCAGUGGAGUGAUUUGUGACAGCAGCCUUGGCUGGAAAUGGAGUUUCUAUCUACAUGCUGCUGCUUGCCUUGCCGUAUUCAUCAUCUGGGUUCUUAUCUAUAGAGAUGAUCCUACUUUCCACAAGAGUGUCAGUGUCAAAGAACUUGGAAAAAUUCAGAAGAACAAGUCGGAAGCCCAUAUUAAAGAUGGAAUGGAAGUACCGUACAAGGCGAUAUUCACGAGUCCAGUCGUUCUUACCGUAUGGUUGUGUGCAUUCACAGAACUUUCGACGUUGAUUAUGAUUGCCACGUAUGCUCCAAUCUAUUUCAGAAGUGUGCUGAAAUUCGAUAUAAAAAUAAUUGGAUUCUACCUGGGAGUCAUGACAGCAAUUCAUCUUCCAUUCAGAUUUGUCUGCGCUUUUUUGAGUGACAAAAUGAAGUUCAUUUCUGAACUCGCUAAAAUCCAUAUUUUCAAUACGUUGGCAGUGGGAUUCGUUGGACUUUCCUUCUUGGUUUUUGGCCAAAUCCCAGCAGAACACAAUAUAUCAGCAGUUGUGUGCCUUGCUAUAUUGGAGUGUUUCAUCAGUUUUAAUAGUGGAGGAUUCUAUAAAUGUGGAACUUUGCAUUCAAGACAAUUUGCAUCUACCGUAAUCUCUGCAAUCCAAUUCACAAAGUGCAUUUCUCUAUUCUCUGGACCUGCCCUGGUUGCAUUUUUUGUGACAGAUGAAUCGAGUCAAACACAAUGGAGUCAUGUGUUCAUGACACUUGCUGGAUUCACUUUCCUUGCGAACAUCCUUUCCUUCAUCUUCUUCACAGACAAACCGGCAAAAUGGACAGAAGACAGUGGAGCUGUGAAAUAUUCGAAGAAGGAUGGAGAUGUCAAAAUAUAG